AUGGGUUCCAUCGCAAAGGCAUUCAACUGCUUCUACCCACUCACUCCCUCCGCCAUCAUCACCCCAGCGGCUAACCAAGACGCCCUUUUCCCGCGCGGCGCCCUGAACAGCAACCUGACCACCGGCCAACUCAUCGACGAAUGGCACGGGCCCUACCCCAGCGGCGGCUCCGUCUACGACCCGUCGGGCUACAACUCCUUCAUCAUCACCGCCAACGACACGACGGAGCCGGACCGGCGGCCCAAGACGGUCAGCCUGCCCGCGCAGCCCGACGACCCCGUCGACGUGUGGGCCACCAUCGCCCAGCACAGCCUCGCCGUCGGCGGGCCCUUUUACAUCCUCAACGCCACUGACAAUAACUCCUCGUACGGCAACGGCUCUGGUUCCGGCGUCGACGGCCCCACUGGAUUCGUGCGCGAGCCCAUCGAGACGUCGACGCUGCCGGCUUGGGUGGGCGGCGAGUUUCUCAACGAGUUCACUUUUUAUGACGACUGCGACACGCAUGUGCUGGUCUCGAACCCGACGGCGGACUCGGAGCAGGUGGUUUGGUUUUAUAGGAAGCCGGAUAACUCGCAGGGCUGA